UGAGGUGAUAAGGGGAUUUGGCGACUAAAUUGAAUGGAGGUGGCUCAGCGCGCACAGGGCCAGGAGCUGAAGAUUGCGGUGUGGUCCCCGCCAAUCUCACCCCGCAAGCCUCCGAACGCGUCAGGGACCUCCUCCCCCGUGUCAGGCUGCCAGCACAUCAACCCGCGCAAAAUUUGCACCUUCUGCCCACCCACGUAUCACCACCGGCGCCUGUCGCUGCCUCCGUCCAUCCCUCACGAUGCCUCUGCAGCGACGUUACUCGGUCACCGGGCAGACGCCGCCAGACGAUGUGGGAGCCAUGAAGCCGCACUCGUCGCCAAAACUCCAGGCGCUGGACACGAGCGUGCAGACGACCAGCUGCGGCCUCUGCGAAGGCGGGGGCGACGCUGCUAAGACGGGCACUGCUUCCUCGGUCGACGACGCUGCGGGUGAAGGCGGAGGGGACCGCGGCCGCAGAAUGGCUCACCACACCGCAGUCCGGACGUCGUCCAAACGAUCCGCAACGCAACUGCCCUCGCCCAACACGCCGUCUUCGCAUGAGCUGCCCACCAAGAUCGCCCGCUUAGGCCUCGAGCACGAUGACAUGGAGGUGGAUGAGGGCUGUCUCACGGACCCGUUUCCUGAGGACAGCGACUGGCCUCAUUCCUCCUUCGACGACAGCUCCUCGGCGUCUGCACCGCCCUCGCCCGUCUGGGCUCCCUCGAGCCUGCCCGAUGAGCCCAUGGUAGAGCCGUUGGAGCUGGAGGGACUAGAUGAAAUGGUCGUGGAGGACCUCGCGCUGUCACCAGAACCCACGACCGACGACUACUUGCCCACCACGCUCCUCACGCUCCCGCCCGAGCUACGCCACCAGAUCUACCGCCACCUGCCCGACCUCGUCCUCCCGUACCCGCUCAUAUACUGCCUCUCGACCUUUGCAAACAACAUGCAGCACCCGCUAGCCUCCGUCUCGCGCCUCAUCCGCUCCGAAGCCCUCGCCAUCUUCUACAGCUACAACACUUGGAUCAUCAAGCUUGAGUUCAAGAUGAUGUAUGAAGCCUUCCAGGACUGGAUCAUCAGGCUCGGCGAGGGAGCCGGCUUGCUCCGGCUGGUCACAAUCGCAGUUAGGGGCCGGUUGUUCAAGCCCAAGACGAGCCAUGCUAGCAGCAUCAACAUCAAUGGGCAAAUCCUGCAGAUUCCUGGAUUGCCGGGUGCCGUGCCUGUUGAGGAAUAUCACCCCCCAGAUGGUGAUGCAAGCUUCAACAUUGAUCUGAGCGAGAAAUACCCGGGCGGGAAGGUCGAGCUCGUGCGCAAUGACGGGACGAAAGGGGCGGGAGAGGAUGCGAGGAAGUUCCUUGCGAAGAUGGUCGAGGGUCUCUGGGAAAAGAGAAGGACGGGCACGCUGAAUGGGCAAGACUGGGUGAAUAUGGUGGAUGCCUUUCUCGCCUUCACCGGGUGGUGGUGAUGCUCAGCUGUCACGCCCACCCAUCACAACAAAAUCUCCAGAUGCGGGUCCAAUUUGUAUUGUAGGAUGUCCAAGGGCUAAGUCUGCGUUUCGGAUACUGGUUCACGUAAUGCUGCAUUUCUUGCAAGGCGUUACUGGAAGAGAAAGGGAAGCAUGUCUGGUAAUUGUUUCAUUUGCGUUAGGCUAUCACAGCUUGGAGUCUUGCAUUUCUGGUGCAGGUCGGACGGCAUGGCAUGGCAUGGUAAUACGUUUUCUCAUGGUUAUGGUUUAUAUACCCCUUUCCCACUUCACUCCUCCGUUCGGCGUGUGACACUUUUUUUUCACUCUCAUCAAGCUCUCUCUCACCAUCUUUCCCUAUAAGCUGCUGUAUGCGAGUCCGAGGUCUCGCGGCUUGCUA